AUGGGUGUUGAAAAAGCAAGGGGUCUUGUUUUUGGUGACUAUUCAUCAUCAUUUGAUGAUCAUCGUUGGUAUGUUGAUGCCACUAAUGAUUGUAAUCCAGGGAGUGUUUUUGAUAUGGAAUUUGAUGUUGAUAGUAAAGGAAGACAUUUCAAAUGCUUGUUUUUCGCUUUUGAGGCAUAUAUUCAUGGUUUCAAGUAUUGUCGGCCUGUGUUGAUGCUUGAUGGAACUUUCUUGAAAGGAAGACACAAAGGUUGUUUAUUGGUUGCUACGACAAAAGAUGAUAACCAAGGUUUAUAUUCGUUAUGUUUUGCAAUUGUUGAUAGUGAAAGUUAUAACAGUUGGCAUUGGUUAUUGUCAGAGUUAUUAGUUAUUUUGACUCCGGAGAGGGAUAUUGCGUUUACAAACUUGAAGACAUAUUUGUCAGUGAAGAGUCGUAAAUCUAAAGAGUAUUUGAUUACUCUUUUUAGUAGAUGUGCAUAUACUCCUACUACUGAGUUGUUUAAUGAGCUAUUUGAAGAAUUUAAGGGUCGUUGUGGUCGUAGUGUUGAAAAGUUUCUUGAGGAUUUGCCUAAUGAGUGUUGGUGUAAUGCUCAUUUUCAAGGCAAGAGGUAUGGUGAAAUGUGCACAAAUACUGCGGAAUCUUUUAAUUCAUGGAUAAGGGAUGAACGCCAUUUGUUUUCAACUAGUCUUGUUGAUGUUAUACGGGUGAAACUAAUAGAGCAAUUUUCAAGAAGGAGCGAAGUUAGGAAUAAAUGGAAUCGUAUUGUUUGUCCUUUUGCAGAAAAAAAGUUGGAAGAAGCUUUUAAUGAUACAAAAGCAUGGAUAGUUAAGAAAUGUAGCGAUGACAUUUAUGAAAUCCAAUUGGAUCAUUCAGUUAUGGUUGAUAUUGGGAAACAUUCAGUUAUGGAUCAUUCAUUUAUGAAAUCCAAACAUGGUUUUUGUGCUAUAAAGAGGAGUGAGAAGGAUCUGAAUUGUUUUCUUGAUGAUUACUAUCGUGUUAGUAGUUAUUGUGAUUCUUAUUCACAUUCUAUCUAUCCAGCUCUUAGUAUGUGA